AUGAAUAAAGAUCCUUUAAUUUAUGGUCUUUGUUUUAGUUUGAUUCCAUGUCUUAUUGUAUUCACUAAGUGGAAAUUGGACUAGAAGAAAUUUGCUAUGAAGGAGAAUUUAUACAAAAAAAUGUUGUUAAACUCUAAUGAAUUACAAUAAAAAAAAUCAGAAUAGUAGCAAAAGAAUUUAAAAAGUGAUGCAGAAUUAGGAGAAACUAUUGAAUAUAACCUAAUGAAUUAAUUACUUAAAAACAAUCAUUCUAGAGUCAGAAAAAUUUGCAUAACUGGAGGUCCAUGUGCAGGUAAAACUACAGGGCUCAAUUUUCUUGCAGAAAAACUAAAAGAAAGAGGAUUUGCUGUAUAUAUUGUUCCAGAAGCAGCCACAACAUUGUUUAUGGGUGGAGGAAUGUUAGAUUUAGAUAAUUAUUCAGCUGAAGAUAAAAUGACAUUUUAAAUGAAUUUACUUAAUUUGUAAGUGAAAUUAGAACAUACUUUUAAUGUACUUGCUAUGUUAUGUCCAGAAAAUAAGACUCCUGUAUUAUUAUGUGAUAGAGGAUUAAUGGAUGGUAAAGCUUAUAUGGAUUCAUCUGAAUGGUAUGAAAUGAUAGGUAAAUAUAAUUUGGAUGAAUUUUAAAUGAGAGAUUUGAGAUAUGAUGCUAUUGUGCAUAUGGUGACUGCUGCAGAUAGUACUGAUUGUUAUAGUACUCUGAAUAAUAAAGCUCGUCAUGAAACCUAAUAAUAAGCAUUAGAAAUGGAUCAUAGAACUCAAAAAGCUUGGACUGGACAUCCAAAUUUAAUUAAGAUUGACAAUCAUAGUGUUAAAUCUUUUAAUGAAAAAUUAGAUUGGUUACUUGAAGAAGUUUUAAGAAUUUUAGGUCAUUCUAUUAGAUAAAGGGAAAUUGGAAUAACAAGAUUAUUUUUUUUAGAUGAAUUAAUAGAUUUAAAUAAAAUUGAAGAUGUAAAUAGAAUAUUUAAAUAUAGGAACAUUAAAUAUUUGAAAUUAAAAAGACUUAUUUGAUUCCAUAAUAAGAAAAUUCUACUCUUUUAUUAGUGCAAAGAAUACAUGAAGGAAGAUCACAAUUAUAUAUUAAAGAAAAGUUUUUUGAAAAUGAUACUAUGGUGAAAGCUAAUAUAGUUAAACUUCAAAAGAAGGACUAUGAAAUAUUUAAAAGAUUAGCCAAUCCAGACUAUCUUUAAUUAAAUCUAAAAAAAGCAUGUUUUACUUAUGAAGGACAAUAUUUUAUUGUAAAUGAAUAUGAAGGUUUUUGUUAAUUUUUAAAAAUUAAGAAUUGUAAAAAAAAUACAGAUAUUAAAUUUCCUUCAUAUAUAAAUAAGUAAUAUUUGGAUGAAGUAUUUGAGGUAUACUUAUGUAUUAUAAAUUAGAAAUAUACAUCUCGAGUUUUUGCAAAAGAAUUUUCAUAAGAACCUCGAUUAAGAGACAGAAACAAUUAAGCUAGAAUUAAAUUUAGAAAAUUGUCUGUUGCUGAUGAUUCUAUUGAAAAACCUCCAAGAUCUGAUCAAGAACCUACUGAUGAUUUUUAGUUAGAUUAAAAAUAAGUAUUAAGUGAAAAAAGGAUUCCUUAACCAAAAUAAAAAUGAUU